CGGCGGCGGCGGCGGCGACGACGACGACGACGACCCGAGCAGCAGCGAGCAGCGGGAGCAGGCGGCCUCGAGGAUGAAGUGCAAGCCGAACCAGACGCGGACCUACGACCCGGAGGGGUUCAAGAAGCGGGCGGCGUGCCUGUGCUUCCGCAGCGAGCGCGAGGACGAGGUGCUGUUAGUGAGUAGCAGUCGGUACCCGGACCGCUGGAUCGUGCCGGGCGGGGGCAUGGAGCCCGAGGAGGAGCCGGGCGGUGCGGCGGUCCGAGAGGUGUACGAAGAGGCGGGAGUCAAGGGGAAGUUAGGCCGGCUCCUGGGCAUUUUCGAACAGAACCAAGAUCGCAAGCACCGAACGUACGUGUAUGUACUGACUGUCACUGAGAUUCUGGAGGAUUGGGAAGAUUCGGUUAGCAUUGGGAGGAAGCGAGAGUGGUUCAAAAUCGAAGAUGCGAUCAAGGUUCUCCGGUGCCACAAGCCCGUGCAUGCCGAAUAUCUGGAAAAACUAAAGCUGGGCGGUUCCCCAACCAAUGGAAACUCCGUGGCCCCGUCCCUGCCAGAGAGCGAUGCCUAAUGAACAGCAAAGAUAUUCAAGCUUGCUUUGAAAGAAUAAAUUUUGUGAACCAAUGGAAUUGUCAAGUACAAGUUGGCGCUUUCAUGUUUCCAAGGAGACGGCUCAUCUGGUUUUCCUCCUACAUCUUGGAACACUCCUUCCCUGUCUAUUCCACUGACUCCUCUUGCCCUGGUUGUUGUACUAUUGUACGUGAACAGACUCUUAAUUUAGCACCUAUCGCCUUUUGUUAAUGCUUUUUUGAUGUGUCUGCCUUCUCCAUUAGACUAUGAUAUCCUUGAGAACAAGGACCACAUUUCCUUACGCUUUGCAUAUUCUGCAUCUGAGACACUACUUGAAAUAUGGUUGACAUCACUGACGCUUCUUUGAUUCAAUUCAUUUUUUGUAAUCACUACAUGGCAAAACAUUCCCCUUCCAAUCUGGUGCUAAUAGAGUAUCUAUGCUGUCUAGGCACCCUGUGUGUGGCUUUUCUCUAUCAGGUUUCAGAAACUUUUCAAGGCAGUUGUAAGAUGUUCAAGGACUAGAAUUAUUACUCAUAUUUUUGUGUCAUAUCACACAGUGGUUUAGUACAGUUUUAAGAUUACUCAAUCACUUAGGGCAACAUUUUGUAGAAUCAGUCCUUUGUAUAACAACGUCAGUGUUUUUGUACUAUUGUUAAUUUGCUUAAAAUUUUCUUCAAAAAAUAUCACUUGCUAUAAAACUAACUAUAAAAAUAAAUACAAUGAACACAAGAUAAUAUUGUGAGUUUUUAUAAAAAUAAAUUUUGAUGUUUUUGCAAUGCCAUAACCACUUCGUUCAUGUAAUCUUAACAUCUCUGAAGAAAAGAUUGUUUUUCUUAUUUUACAGAUUCAGUAUACUGUAUUAUUUGAUGCAAGAGCCAACCAAGACUGGAGUAUAGGCCGUUUCCAAAGUUAAUUAUGCUAUUUAGUUUGCCUAGGUUCCUUUUGCAUCUCUUACUGAUUCAGUUGGCCACAGUUUUCAUCUCCUUUUCCAGUACACUUAGCUAGCUCCUCAUCCCGCCUGGUUCUGCAUGUAAGACUGCAGAAGACUGAGAGACAGGUAAAUUGUUGUCACUUGGAAAGACAUUCAAAAAAAAAAAAGAAAUCUGUGAGGCGGGCCACAGAAAAUGAAGGAUUUAGAAAGAGAGGACUUGGGUCAACUGCCUCCAGGAGAGCAACUUUAAGAAAAUGACAAAGAUGUUUAGAGGAAAUUUUAUGGUUUCGCCAUGGGAUUUGUGAUAUCAGCACUCUUCCCCAGCUCCCUACAGAGGCCGCAAAGUGGCUUUAAUAUGGUAGUUUUAUUUCUUUUGCUUUAUAAAGCAGGUACAUCAGAAAAAACUUGGGCUCCAUUUUAGUGUUACACCCUUCCUCAUGGUAUCAGUGAAAUGUAUUGAUUUUUCCCCCAAUCCUUGCAGAAUUUGAAAUAAAAACACAUCUUCCCAAUUUAUUGAUUUUUUUUUAGGUGUAAUAUGGUACUGUACUGUGGUUAUGUUUUUUUAAAAAUCCUUAUCUUUUAGAGAAAUGUACUGUAAAUUUUACAGAUAAAAUGAUAUGCUCCUGGUAUUUGCUUCAAAAUAAUCUGAGGGUGGGGUAGGUGAGUAUAUAGAUGAAACGAGAUUGAUGAUAAAUUGAUAAUUGUUGAAGCUGUGUGAUGGAUAUCUAAGAGUACGUUAUACUAUUCUCUAUACUUUUGUAUAUGUUUGAAAUUUUCCAUAAUAAAAAUU